CGUCAGCACCUUGCGGAAGUACCGGGGAGAACAGGUCGAUCGGAAUCAACACUUGCGAUGUUUUCACACUCGAAUACAGAGUUUAUUAUAAACUAACGCAUUAUUGUCAAGUUAUAUACCAGUUUAGUUAAUCUUGUGAGGCAUCCGGUUCCGAUCAGUAGCGCGAUAGAAAGAAGGGACAAAAUGUCCCUGUUUCAGUCAGCUCUCGAUUUCCUGGCCGGGCCCGGUGGAUCCGGUGCCGCCGCCAGCCGGGACCAGAACGACUUUGUCGGGCAGGUGGUCGAGCUCGGAGAGCUGAAGCUCCGGAUCAAACGAGUCAUCGCGGAAGGUGGCUUUGCGUUCGUGUAUGAAGCUCAGGAUUUGGGCAGCAGUAAGGAAUAUGCUCUGAAGAGACUUCUCUCCCAUGAGGAGGAAAAGAGCAAGGCUAUUAUUCAGGAAGUCUGCUUUAUGAAAAAGCUGUCUGGGCAUCCCAACAUUGUGCAGUUCUGUUCUGCUGCGUCUAUCAGCAAAGAAGAGUCUGACACGGGCCAGGCCGAGUUUCUAAUUCUGACUGAACUCUGUAGAGGCCAGCUGGUUGAUUUUGUGAAGAGGGUAGAGCAGAAAGGACCCAUGUCAUGUGACACGGUUUUGAAGGUUUUCUACCAGUCGUGUCGCGCUGUGCAGCACAUGCACAAACAGUCUCCACCAAUCAUACACCGGGACCUAAAGAUUGAGAAUUUGCUGAUCAGUCAUCAGGGAACCAUAAAGUUAUGUGACUUCGGUAGCUCAACAACUUUGGCACAUUACCCGGACUACAGCUGGUCUGCCCACAAGAGAUCUAUGGUGGAGGAUGAGAUUACUAGAAACACAACUCCAGCAUAUAGGACACCAGAGAUGAUCGAUCUGUAUUCCAACUACCCGAUAAAUGAGAAACAAGACAUAUGGGCUCUGGGCUGUAUCCUGUAUCUGCUCUGUUUUAAACAGCAUCCGUUUGAAGAAGGAGCCAAGCUCCAGAUCGUCAACGGCAAAUACAACAUUCCUCAAAACGACACCAAGUACACAGUCUUUCAACAACUCGUCCGAUCGAUGUUAAAAAUCAACCCGGAGGAGCGGCUGUCGAUCAACGAGCUUGUUAACCAAUUGCAGGAGAUCGCUGCGGCGAGGAACGUCAACCCCAAAUCGCCCAUUACCGAGCUCCUGGAGCAGAACGGAGGAUUCGGGAACAACAGCGCGCAGAUUCCCUCGCAGAUCAACAACAUACACAAUGCUGGUGUGUAUGAUGGAGAUCAAGGAAUGGGCGGAGGAUUUCUGGAUAUUCUGAAAGGAGGAACAGAAAGAUUCCUCACCAACAUCAAAGACACGUCAUCUAAAGUGAUCCAGUCUGUGGCCAGUUAUGCUAAAGGAGAUCUCGACCUGUCCUACAUCACCUCCAGAGUAGCAGUCAUGUCUUUCCCAGCCGAAGGUGUGGAAUCUGCCAUCAAGAAUAACAUCGAGGACGUGCGUUUGUUCCUGGACUCCCGUCACGCGGGUCAUUACGCCGUUUAUAACCUAUCCAAACGCUCCUAUAGACCCGCUCGCUUUCACAACAGGGUAUCUGAUUGUGGUUGGCAGCCCAGACGCGCUCCUACUCUUAAGAACUUAUACAGUAUAUGUAAGAACAUGCACCAGUGGCUCAAACAGGACCAGAGGAACAUCUGCAUCGUGCAUUGCUUGGAUGGGCGGGCCGCCUCGGCUGUCGUGGUUUGUUCGUUCCUUUGCUUCUGUCGCUUGUUCUCCACGCCUGAGGCUGCAGUUUACAUGUUCAGCAUGAAGCGAUGCCCACCGGGUAUCUCACCUUCACACAAACGGUAUAUUGAAUACAUGUGUGAUAUGAUGGCAGAAGAGCCCAUAAUCCCCCACACCACGCCAAUCACCAUCCGCUCUGUCGCCAUGACACCCGUACCGCUCUUUAAUAAACAGCGCAACGGAUGCCGGCCAUUCUGCGAGGUCUAUGUCGGCGAUGAGCGCGUCACCACCACAUCACAAGAGUAUGACAGAAUGAAUGAUUUUAGGAUGGAAGACGGCCAAGCGGAGAUUCCUCUAAACGUAACCGUGCAGGGAGAUGUUCUUAUAGUCAUUUAUCACGCCCGCGCUACGCUAGGAGGACGCUUGCAGGCCAAAAUGGCCUCUAUGAAGAUGUUUCAGAUUCAGUUUCAUUCAGGGUUUGUGCCCAGAAACGCCUCCACCGUCAAAUUUGCAAAGUACGAUCUUGACGCGUGUGACAUCCAGGAGAAAUAUCCCGACCUCUUCCAGGUACAUGUAAAUGUAGAGGUGGAGCCUCAGGAUCUCCCUAGCAACAAGACCCCGCCCUGGGAAAACUUUGCCACGAAAGGCCUCAAUCCAAAAAUCCUUUUCUCCAGCCGAGAUGAACAGCAGGAGAUCCUGACAAAGUUUGGUAAACCAGAGCUUCCCCGGCAGCCCGGUUCUACAGCCUGUUACGCCUCAGAACCCUCAAAACCAGAGUCCUCACCUGAGGAUCCACAAACAGAACCAGACUCACCGUCCCCUCAAAGCAUCGACACCAACGCCAACAACUUCUUCCAAACACUGGACUGGGAAGAUGGCGGUAGGCAGUACGGCUGCUCUGACAGCCAAUUGGAUGACCAGGAUGAUUUGAGCGGCGGAGGCUCAGAGGAGGAGUCGGUGUCUUACUCUGCCCCUCCUGACGGGACUCUAUCACGUGACACCAGCGAACCGCUUUUCGAGGCGGACUUCACCAGCACACCACCUGACCCUCAGCCGGACACAGAGGAUCUGCUCGGCCUGAACUCUGACCCCUGCCCUCCGGCCAGUGCAGCUCACCCUGCUGAGACGGGAAUGAAAAGUUCAGCCAGUAACAGCAAUCUCCUGAACGACCUGUUCACCCAACAACCCGACACUACACCUUCUGCGGACACUGAAGAUCUGAUAGGCCAAAGUUCAGCGGAAGAUUUGUUCUUCACCAACACACACAGUCAACCAGCACCGGCAGCAACAAAAGACUUCUUUGACCCAUUUGGUGUGGGAUCAGGAUCUUCAGGGUCUGAUCUGUUUGGUGAUCUCCUGGCGUCAGAGAGCGGCAGCGGUGGGCUCACAGCUCCGCCCCCCGGAUCCAACUCCAGCCUCUUUAACCUUAAUCAGUUGGGGGAUGAGACACCCAAGAUGACGUCAUCAGCGAGUCAGCCUGAUCUGUUGGGUGGCUGGGACAACUGGACAACAGGAGGAACCAGUACCACCAGUAACAUGACCAAUACUGCCAGCAAGCCUGCCACCAGUGCCUCCGGAGUGUCGUCUUUCUCCAAGGCCAAAUCUCAAAGCUUUGACCCUUUCGCUGACCUCGCCAGCCUGGGUUCAACACGGCCCGGCUCAUCCAGUGCUGGAUUAUCUGGCUCGGGUUUUAAAACGGCGCCCUCUGCUGGCGGCUCUAAGAACACGAGUCAACAGUGGCAACAGAACCCUCGGCCCUCCUCCGGCCCCAGCAAACCGUGGAUGCCUCCGAACUCGGCUUCCAAACCACAAGCCCAACCCGCCAGACCUGCCAGCCAACCAGCCAAACCCAACUACAACCCCAGCUUCAGUGUGAUUGGUGGACGAGAAGACAGGGGAAUCAGAGGGCUGGGAUUUGGUCCAAAGCCCAAGGUGAAAGAGGAUGACUUUGAGGAUCUUCUGUCUACACAAGGUUUCGGCUCCAAACCUGAUAGGAGGGGACCCAGGACCAUCGCCGAGAUGAGAAAACAAGAGAUGUCCAGAGACAUGGACCCUCUCAAACUUCAGAUCUUAGAUUGGAUUGAAGGAAAGGAGCGGAACAUAAGAGCGUUGCUCUCCACGCUGCACACGGUUUUGUGGGAGGGAGAGACGCGCUGGAAACCAGUCAACAUGGCUGAUCUGGUCACACCUGACCAGGUGAAGAAGGUCUACAGGAAAGCUGUGCUUAUUGUUCAUCCGGACAAGGCUACAGGUAAGCCGUACGAGCAGUACGCUAAAAUGAUCUUUAUGGAGCUCAACGACGCGUGGUCAGAGUUUGAGAACCAAGGAUCCAAAGCGCUUUUCUGAGCGUGGUCAGUGAGGGUCUGUCGGAUGCUGUGUGCCCCCUACAGGCAGGCUGAGGCACAGCGCUCUCUCGCUCUCUCUCUACAUAUACAGACACGCUGCCACCGACCGCAGACACGUGAGAGAGAAAGUUCAACUAAUCAAGGGAGGAAAACAGACCUCUGUUUGUGGAAUGGACGAAUAUCUUGACAAACUGUUACACAAUGACGUGCUUUAACGGAGGACUGAAACCCGCAGCGUUGGAUUUCUCUUCCUUUUUUUUAAAGGAGCACCGUGCUAUCACCUGUGGCAUUUGUAGAUCAAUAAAACCACAAACGCACACACACAUUUGAGACGGCAGUGCACUUCAGAAGAGUUCGGAAACCGAAAACAAGAAACGAAUGAUGGUUGCCGAUUGGUUUUACGUCAUGCUAUGCAUCACUUUUCUUUCACGUGUUUUUGAAUCUGUGUGGUUUGUCAAUUAUGAUGUAAAUAAUCAAUUAGCUCUGUGUGUGUGCGUGUUUGAGGGUGGACACAGUGUUCUGGGAAGUCAGACGUUUGGACUUCUGCACUCCAGUAUAUGAAGUUUCUGUUUUUCAUCACUUUCUUUGUCUUAUCAUGUUUCUCAUAAGUGUUAAUUCUCCUCGCCGUGAGGUGUGUUUGUGUGUUUGUCUGGCUCGAGGGCUCAUUUUCUACAGUCCAAAGAUGAUUUCCAGCGGACGCCUCAUUUGAAGUAACACUCAACGUAUCAAGUGACAUCACACAAUUCGGGAAUUCAUAAUGUGUCGCUUUGCUUUUAUUUUUAUCUCAAGGACCAAUCAGAAAUGUCUUUAUUUAUUGUUUUGACAGGUAGACAAGUACACGGUGACUAAUUCAAAGGACUGAGAUGGCGAAUGUAAUGUAUACAACGGAACAAACGUUUGCGUUUACCGAAACUAAAGUCAUUCCAAAGCAUCUACUAACGUGAAUGUGCUUUUAAAGAUUAUUGCUGGCAGAAUGGAAUGUAUACUAUGUUUCUGUUUAUUUUCUUACAACUGCUAUCCUGUUGUUGGAUGUUAACAAGCAAACACAAUUUUUAAUUUCAUGUUUCUGUAAUGUCGCAGCUUUGCAUCAUUCCCUCAGGACAUCAGACCAAUUUCAGAUUCAUUCAAAUACACUUUAAGGAAAGGGAGGGUUUGGCGUUAUUUUUAGCGGCCUAUAGCAAUAUUUUUUGUUAUGAAAAAUCAAAGUCUUGAGAAGAAAUGCUGAUUUGGGGUUCUCUAACAGGCCAGGUGUGUCUGGAUCCUGCUGUAUAUCUGUGAUCAUUGUAUAUAUGUUGUACCGGAUGCGUACAGUAAAGGAGAUGAUACAGUUUGGCUUGAA